AUGGCAACACAGCGAGAUGCAGAGCCGGAUUCGAGUGGCGCAUCCAGCAGCGGUGGCGGUGGUGCUGGUGGUGCUGGUCCCGCUGCCGUCGCGACCUCCUCAACCGACAAGUCCGAUCACUCGUCAACAUCGACGCCCGGAAACAAGGCCGAUGCGCCCGACGACUCGAACCACGGCUCGCUUCCUACUCGCGACAAAGAAGCAUUCCGUCAGUUUAUUCUAAGUCAGGCUGCCUCUCGCGACCAGGUCAACACCGCCGGGGUGGCUGUGGAUAUGAACCGCCAGGAAAAGUACAACAAGGAGCAAAGGAAGUUCAUAAGUGACUACAAGCUGGUAAGGAACGAUUAUCGGCCUUGGUUCACUCCUUCAAGACUUUAUGGUGAAGGCUACAGCGGAUAUGGGAAUGGGAGAACCGAGAUUGGCGGGCCAUCGCGGGUCAUGUAUCCCCAGCAAAAGCCACGUCCUGGCAAGCGGCAGACGCCACCGCUCAAGUGGAAGAGGAAAGACAUGAAACAACAGGCCGACCAACACGAGGAGCUCGUCCCUGUGCGUUUGGACGUUGAUUGGGACAAGAUUAAGCUGCGCGACACCUUCACGUGGAAUCUCCACGAGAGACUCGUCCAUGGUGAACUGUUUGCGAUGCAGUUGAUAGAGGAUGUUGGGCUGAAACCCCCUGUGGCCCAACCGGUGUAUGACGAGGUUAUGAAGCAGAUGCAUGAACAGCUCAACGACUUCUAUCCCUUCGUCUUCUCGGAUGAGGACGCGCUAGACCCUGAGUUACCCUACUCGGCCUGGAAGAACGACGAGAUGAGGAUAUUGGUCAAGUUAAACAUCACCAUCGGACAGCAUACCCUAGUAGACCAGUUUGAGUGGGAAAUCAACAACCCAUUAAACUCACCCGAGGAAUUCGCCGCGAGCAUGUCCAAGGACCUUGCAUUGUCCGGAGAGUUUACAACCGCCAUUGCUCACUGCAUCCGAGAGCAGUCGCAACUGUUCACCCGGAGUCUGUACAGCAUCGGCCACCCAUUCGACGGCAGACCGAUCGAAGACGCCGAUCUGGUCUCUGCGUUCCUUCCAUCCCCGCUACCUUCCGUCUUCCGGCCACAGCAGCAAGCCAAGGAAUAUGCUCCAUACCUCUACGAGCUCAACGAGGCGGACCUGGAGCGGAACGAGAUGGUUUUCUCGCGAGAGCAAAGGAGGCAGAAGAGAUCCAUCAACCGACGAGGUGGGCCGUCGCUACCCGAUUUGAAGGAGAGGCAGAGGACAAUCCGUACGCUCGUCGUGUCAUCGACAUUGCCUGGCGCGGCGGAAACCGUAGAGGAGAGUAGGCUCUAUAAGAGAGUGGCUGGUGCACCUGCGGCAGGGCGGAGAAGAGGACAAGGCGCCCGCGACGGCGACAUAUCCGACUCUGAUGAUAGUGACGACUCGUCACCCGACUCGCCGGCGGCAUCACAGUUGACCGGCACGGCAAGAACAAGGGGCAUGCGAGGCGCCGCGUCUACUGCGCAACAGCGCAUGGCCAACAUUGGUCGAUCUGAAACGCCCGAAGCGACGAUACAUCAUCACGAAACCCGAGUAUCUAGGAGAUCCGGGCGUGAGCUAACAAGAGAAGCCACAGAAGAGCCGCAACGCUUCCUUGUGGUACUGAAGGUUCCGAAAGAGAAGCUGCGCAGACUUGCACGCGACUUCAGGUUGAAAAACAGCACACCAAUUGGAUCGCAGACACCUCUACAAUCCCAGACCCGCGCCCCUAGUGCCUCUGCUCCCAGCAGCAUGCCUCCUCCUUCAACUCCCAAUGCGUCAAUACCAGCGCCCCUCGCGAGAAUGCCCUCUAAUGGGAUCCCCCCCGGACAGAUUGGUCGAGUGGAAGCCCCUGCCCCAAUACAGGGCGUACCUCCUCCAGCCCCUCCCCCUCCUCCAUCAUGGCUUGUUACUGCGCUGGACAACUUCAAGCAGGAAGCUGCCUAUGCAAAUGAUCGGUUCGAGGGGAUCAUGCGCUACAAUGCCGUGGACACACUUACCGGUCAGGUCGCAGGUCAAUCAAUGUCACCGCAUGUGCGCUGGUUUUUCCUCCCCCGUAUCCGCUGCCUUGACUGCCCGGGCAAGCUGUACACCCCCGGCCCUGACAUGUCCGCUUCGAAUUUCGAGGUUUUCCGCAGUCACUUAGAAGAUUGGACGCCGGAGAACUGGACCAGUCACCUUCAUGAAACUGCUGGCCACAAGAAAUUCUUCGGCAAGCUCUCCAACUAUGCAGACUUCACUUACGUCGACAAAGAGGGGAAAAUGCUGCAGCUCCUGCGCCGCAUUACCAGAAAUGAUCAACUGCUCCCCGAAUCUGUCGCAAAAGAUGUGACCUAUCACAUCGAAGUCAAGACGACAACGAAGGACUGGGCCGCCCCAUUUUACUUUGGCGCCGACCAAAUCGCCAUGGCAAAGCGCCUCGCACUCUGCAAGCAGGGCUCUUCCUCGAAGGAUGUGUACCUGAUUCUUCGAGUUUUCCGCCUCCUAGAUGACAGCUGGACCUUUCGCGUCUGCGUCGACCCUUGUGGCGAAAAUGGAGUCUGGAUGAUACGGCCCGCCGCCAAUAUCUAUCGCCGGAAUUUGCAUGCGCUGGUUGAUAAUGCCAAUGUAUAG